AUGAACAAAUGUUCGAUAGAUUGAGAGGCGCGUGAAUCCCACGCGCAACCCUUUAAAUAACAAAGACGAUUUUCUGAAGCAUCGGAUUCGGGGCGGAAGAGAAAGAAGAAGAAAUCUUGAUUUCUUUUAAACCCCCAUUGUCGACGAAACAGCUAUCUAUCCUUCUCGUUUUCCUCCAAACAAAUUCACGCGGGAAAUCGAAGUCCAAGAGGUAUGAGUUUUCCAGUUUAGGGUUUUCUAUAUCUGGGCGCUACGGAAGUUGCGAUGAGAUCUGACUUGUGAAACGUUUGAUCAUGGUAUAUUAGUUUUGCAAUAAAGAUAUGGAAUCAGAGAGCGUCAAGUUUGGAGGUCCAAGAGAAUUGGGUGGUGCACGAGAUCUUAUAACUCAAUACAAGUUGCUGCCACACCAUGAAUUCUUUUGCAAGAGAUCACUUCCGGAGUCACUUUCAGAUGCUCAUUACCUUCACAAUGUGGUGGGAGACACUGAGAUUAGAAAGGGAGAUGGAAUGCAAUUAAAUCAGCUUAUUCCGAAUGCAUCACAUUAUCGAGAUACAAAUGCUCGCAUCCAACCUUUUGUUCUAGAUGAACUUAAGGAGGCUUUCGAGCUUAAUGAUACAGCUCCUGUUGAGUUGCCUCCAGCAGAGAAGGGAGCUCUUACCAUUGCGUCAAAAUCAAAAAGUGAGUCAAAAGAUAGGGACAGAAAGCAUCGAAAACACAAGGACAGGAACAAGGAGAAAGAUAGGGAACAUAAGAAGCACAAGCACAAGCAUAAAGAUAGGAGCAAAGAUAAGGAUAAAGAUAAAGAUCGCGACAAAAAGAAGGAAAAGAGUGGACACCACGAUAAGGAUUUACAUGGUGCGCUAUCACUUAACUUUCAGAAAAGGAGACACAAUGGGAAUGAAGAUCUUGAUGACGUUCAAAGGCACAAAAAGAGUAAGCAUAAGAGCUCAAAGGUUGAUGAGAUAGGCGCGGUAAAGGUCGGAGGCUGACGCAGUGGACACACUUAUUUUUAUAUUGCACACCCAAGGAGGGAGAGGUUUAGAAGCAGCAGGCCAUGCAUAGUUGUAAAGAAAAGAAACAUUGGCUUAUUGGCCUAAUUUCUAAUAAAAUUUUGAAG